CGAAUGCAAAAUGACAAAGCACUUUCUGCCCGUAUCACUUGAGCUCAUCUAGCAGUGCAGGUGUGUCACUGAAAGGGGUAGGAGGGCUUUUGGCAGCUCCACAGCCAUUGUGCUCAGUGUCUAGAUUUCCAACCUCGGAGAGACAUCAUGUCUGCCCCGCUGUGCUUCGUCUCCAUCUUACUGGCCUGGACGGCAGGAGCUUGGGCCACAGACUACAACCUGCCUUUCAUGGAGUACCUGGACAAAGACACCUUGGUCCACCUGAAGUGGGGAUUUGAUCAUUUGCAAGGAAACAUAACAUUCCAACUGAUAGUCAACACCACAGGCUGGGUCGGCUUUGGUUUUAGUCCUCACGGAGGCAUGGAUGAUGCAGACAUUGUAAUGGGGGGACUUGGAUCUGAUGGAAGCUAUUUUGCAGAUUAUUAUUCAGUAGGGGUGAAAAUGCCUGAAAUGGACAAGGAGCAGAGCUACACCCUGCUCUCCAUGACUGAAAAUAAUGGACAAACAAUAAUGACCUUUCAAAGGCCAAUAGAGACCUGUGAUGAAAAAGACUUCCAGAUCACUGCUCAGUCCAUCAAACUGAUCUACGCGUACGGUACAACAGAUGUCAUCAAAUACCACGGGAGCUUUAGAGGCACCAAGGAAACAAAUCUUCUCAACUACAAGUCAAAGACCGUCCCGCUUGAUGCCAGAUAUCUCAGUGUGAAGGUGGACAAAAUCUCUGUCCCUCCCAACACAACCUACUAUCACUGUAAAGUAAUGAAGCUUGAAAACUUGCCCACAAAACAUCAUAUUUAUCAGAUUGAGCCAGAGAUUGAGCACCAGGAAGUCGUCCAUCACAUGUUGCUGUAUCACUGUCCCUCUUUUGUGAAAGAACCAUAUGAUAAACCGUGCUACAUGGGUGACAUGGGAGACACCUGCUUUGGAGUGGUGGCUUCAUGGGCAGUAGGAGGAACAGCAUACGAGCUUCCUGAGAAUACAGGUAUUCCCAUAGGAGGAACUGACAGUGACACAUACUACAGGUUGGAAAUCCAUUACAAUAACCCACAAAAGAAAGAAGGUAUCAUAGACAGCUCAGGACUGAGGCUUUACUACACGGACAAACUUCGACAGCAUGACGUGGGCAUUCUAACCACGGGAGUGUUCCCAGUGAGUCACAUGGAGUAUAACGUCCCUCCUAAAGCAGAAAAGUUCCACACGUAUGGCAUUUGCAACACGUCUUUGUUUUCACAGCUUGUGGACCCCAUACCCGACCUUCAAGUGUUUUCAGUGCUCUUGCACACUCACUUGGCUGGCAGGAAAGUCAGAGUGGGCCACUUCAGAAAAGGAAAGCAAAUAGAUUUCUUGGGAGUAAAUGAAAACUAUGACUUUGACAUGCAAGAAAUUGUCAAUUUAGGAAACAUCAAGACAAUCAAACCGGGUGAUGAGAUCAUUGUGGAGUGCGUCUACAAUACCUUAAAUCGCACUCAAUCCACUAUGAUGGGUUUGUCCACCUCUGACGAAAUGUGUCUGGCUUUCCUGUUCUACUACCCAGCUAUCAAUAUUACUUCAUGCACCAGUCGCCCAAAUACAACACUUCUAUCCACCACAGCUGAUCAAAUCGCUGAGUAUCAGAGCUUGGUGAAUGCCCUGCCACAAGUUCAAUACAUCACUGAUGCCAAUAGCAAAUCAUCGCUUUACAGACAUGGCACUGUCAGGAACGUAAUGGAGACGCCAACUGCUACUUGCAAAAAUACAAAUAUUGCAAGCAGACUCAGUACUUCCUGGAUGGUGACAGCUGGAGGAAUCAUCCUUCUGCUCCUUUCCUUUGCUAUAUUGUAGCAUGGCUGUAUAUGAAACAAAUCCAUAUGCCAACUUAGGACAGUUAAUAUUGAAUGAAAUAGACAAUUUUGAACUUAAAUGAUGCUUAUGAUCACUAGGUGUGUUAGCAAGUAUAAGAGAUUUUUAUGAGCGGAUCAAUUUAUAUUUUUGUCAUAAAGUACAAUAGAGGCUCAUUAGCUGCAAUUUUAACUCUCUAUAUUAAAAAAGAAAAAAAUGUGUCAGACAAAAAAAUAUUUUCAUGGUAAUAAAGCAAUGAAAUGUUGUAAAUAGAUUUUAGUUCCAGAAAAUGUCACUCACACAUUUACUUUUAAUUCCUCUUCAUUCCUUGCACUUUCACAGUAAAUUGAUCUAUAUAUGUAGUUACAGCAGUCUGCAUUCAUAAAUGUUUGUUUGACUUAAAUAAAAAGGUUGAUGCAAAACA